AUGAGUGACCGUAGCAGCCGGAGGAAGACGAUGAAGAAAGACGAUGAAGCCUUCGAAAUCUCCAUUCCCUUUGACCAGACGCCCCACCUGGACCCCCAGAUUUUCUACAGCCUGAGCCCCUCUCGGGGGAACUUCGAGGAGCCCCCCGAGUCCGCGGCUCCGGCCCUGGCGCUCAUGAACGGCGUGAAGGCCCAGCUACACAUGGCCCUGGAGAGGAACUCCUGGCUGCAGAAGCGCAUUGAGGACCUGGAAGAGGAGAGGGACUUCCUGCGGUGUCAGCUGGACAAGUUCAUCUCCUCAGCACGGAUGGACGCAGAGGACCACUGCAGGCUGAAGGCUGCGCCCCGGAGGGUCGAAGUGGACGGCCGGGGCGGGGCCGGGGGUGAGGCCUCAGACCCCGAGUCAGCGGCCUCCUCGCUCAGCGGGGGGUCUGAAGAAGGCAGCUCCAGUGAGAGGAAGAGGCAGAAGCAGAAGGGGGGCACCGGCCGGAGACGCUUUGGGAAGCCCAAGGCUCGGGAGAGGCAGCGGGUGAAGGACGCAGACGGGGUCCUCUGCCGCUACAAGAAGAUCCUGGGCACCUUCCAGAAGUUGAAGAGCAUGUCGCGGGCCUUCGAGCACCACCGCGUGGACCGCAACACGGUGGCUCUGACCACGCCCAUCGCAGAGCUGCUGAUCGUGGCCCCGGAGAAGCUGGCCGAGGUGGGCGAGUUCGACCCCUCCAAGGAGCGCCUGCUGGAGUACUCGCGCCGCUGCUUCCUGGCCCUGGACGAGGAGACCCUCAAGAAGGUGCAGGCGCUUAAGAAGAGCAAGCUGCUGCUGCCUAUCACCUACCGCUUCAAGCGGUGAUGGCCGCCGGACACGCCCCCACGGCCAGCCCCCUCCGCCCGCCCAGG